UUUUCCAUCCGACCGUCGACGGGAGCGCAAGUGCGAGCUGUGUUUAUCGCGCCCGGAGCGUGUAAUUGGGUUUGGCGCGGAUUUUAGUUUUUUGUUUUGUUGGUGUGCAUUUUUCCAACCCUGUGUGUCGGUGGGGAAAUUUUUUCCAACAACAGUCGCUGUUUUCCUACCCCCCCCCCCACAUUUCGAUCCUUCCCUGAGGAGUGUCCUGACAAGUGGUGCGAAGUGUGUCAAAAAUGAAAGAAGAAUGAUAAAGCAGUAAAACACGAAAACAUCAUCGCCAACCGAAAAACCAGUCUAUCAAGAGCCAUAGGGUGGCAAAACGCUUUUCACGCGUCCCCAUGCUGGCGGCUCGUCAUCGUGCCGUUCGUCGUCGGUGGUGCCUGCCGGCGGGCAUCGGUCUGGCGUUUUGGUGAAUGUUUUUUGGAGCCCUCAGUUUGACACCCGUCAGUGUCACGGAAGUGAAGACGAAUCCUCCCCGGGAAGGAUCCCCGGCGUACGGAACGGAACCGGAGCACAGGGCAAAAAAAGGUAGUUGAACUGUUGUGAGGUGGUGAAAAACAGAAGCCGAGUUUUUGGUGUGUGUAUGGGUGUUGUUUUCCCCUCGAUUUUUCACGCUGUUGGUCAAAUGUUCCUGUUCAAUAAUUGCAAGUGAAUGAUUGUUAAUGGUGGCACACAAAAUAAGGUGAAACAAUUAUGGCAUGCGGAAUUUUUCCAAAAAGAAGUGCUGAUUGUGCGCUGUGAUUAGUUUUGUGCUGUGUAAAGUGAUCCUCACGAUCACUGUGAUCGUUUAGUGCUUGCUGUGAUUAUACGAACUAUUCUCGGACGAUCAGUUCCUCAAUAGUUAUGGAGUAAUCAACAGCUGUUUCAACAUUAUCCAGAUAGAAAAAAAGGAAACUAAAAGCAAGAAGCUCAUGAUGGAUGGAUCUCCACCGAAAACGAAUCGGAAGGUACGCUUUUCCCUACCCGAACCGGCCGUUCCUGCCGUUCCGUCGACGACUCCCGUUCAGAAGCAACGCAUGGCUCACGGCACUAUGCAGUACGUCAACGGGACACUCAUCAGCCAAUCGCAGCAGACUUCAGGCUCCGCCCAAACGCGUGCCCAUCAAUCGCUACAGAUAACACCGACCCCAACAUCUGCCACUACGUCGAUCGGUAGCGCUACAGGCUAUAAACCGAAGGAAUUGAACAAUAAAAUCGUCCUCCACCUGCGUCCUACGGUCAGUUCGCUUGAUAGUGGAAGUGAGCUGUCCUCACCGAAAGGAUCACCAGGCGCCUCCACCGAUAAUAAACAAUCGCGCCAGAAAGCGUACAUGCAGAAAUCCGCAUCGGGGAAUUCAUCGACCAAUGUAACUACGGGGUCGGGACGGUCACUUAAAAGCUUGCCACAAAUUAAUCAAAAGUUUCCCAGCUCCGAGGACUUGAACAAUAAUGUCGGUGGUGCGAAUCGUGCGAGAUCGAGCGAUGAUCUUGGGACGAUCGCGAACGGGCUGUGGAAUCAUCCGACCAAGAAACCAACCAUCAUACUGCGUACGAUCUCAAACGGUGGUUCACAGACGCAUCCCGCCAAGGCUCCGUUAGCGUCCCGGGCGCGAACGAAAUCGGUCGGGAAGUUGCCCGGAACUGGUGGCACUGGUGGACGACAUCAGAAGUCCCUUAUCUCUCCACACCUAGCGCCGAUGGAUGGAGUGAUGGCAAGGGUGCAGGAAAAUGCGACCGGCAUCAAACAGGGAGAGAUGACCGGGGGAAGUGAGUCUAAGGAUCGUCGGGGAGAGGAAAUCAAUGUGUCUAGUAUUAUUCGUCAGACGAGCACCACCAACGGUAACAGUCAUCGUUCGAUGUAUGGGAAAAGCGGACAGUUUCUUGCCGUUCCUGAAUAUACGGACCGGUACGAGGGUAUGGAGACGGCCGUAUCGGCAACACUGAACGAUGAGGAAGAGGAUGAGUUCGAGGACAGUGAGCAGGAUGGCAGUGGAACGGGACAGAGCGAUGAGCGGAAUGGAACGGCCAGCGAUCAGCCAGGCAGCGGGAACGACCCGCUCAAGGGUAUUGUAGGGGAUGACGGGAAGUUCCGUUGUGCGAGGGAUACGAACCUAGGACGGGACCGCAAUACGGCUCAGUUUUGGGACUUUGUUGAGCGGUGGCGUACGAAUCGGGCGCUCAAAAAGCUGGAAAGUGCCAACCACGAACCGAGCGCACCGGUCAGUACGGCCGUGCUGAUCGGAUCGGACCGGGGCAAAUCGGAAACGAAAAGCCCAACGUUAAGCUCGCGAAUACGUGCCCUCAGGAUGAGUCUUGAGCAGGUACCGACGGUGACGACGCUGCUGCGUGCAUCCCGCGACGCCAACGAGUACCUGUUGAAGGAAGUGUUCCGAGACAUUCUGGAGAAUGGCAUCUCGAAGGAGAACCUCAACUCUACCGAUCGCAGUGGAAGGACGGCCAUCUCGUACAUCUGCUCGACGAAUUUAACCAACUUUUUGGAGCUGUUUUUGCAACUGCCCGGCAUCGAUGUCAACAAACCGGACAACGAGGGCAACACGCCGCUGCAUUUCGCUGCCCAGGCCGGUCUCUCGGACGUGGUGAACAUGCUGAUCACGAAAUGUCGUAGCCUUAUCAUCGACCCGAAGAACAAUCUCGGUUUUACGCCCCUGAUGAAGGCGGCCCUGCAGGGCAGGACGCGGUGCGCCAAGCUGCUGCUCUUUGCUGGGGCAUCGCCAGUCGAAACCGAUACCGGACGAGGAUUUAGGGCGGAACAGUGGGCUCGCUUUUGUGGCAGACACACCUGUGCAGAAACGAUAGAACAGUGCGCCCGGGCCCGGUUGCUGGACAAAUCGACACCCUGCGGUAGAUGGUCGCACGACAUCAAUCUUCCGGUGGACAAGAAUGCGCUCAAGGCACGCAGCUGCAGCAUUACGCCACAACCAACGCAGAAUGGUUUUCGCUCCAAGUUCCGCAAAGUAUUUCCGUUCAACUUCAACUCCUCGAAGGACACGAAAGCGGUCAGCAAGGAGGGCGAAGAAAACUACACAAAGGAUCUGGUCAACUACCUAAAGUCGGCCACACUGUGCGUGAGCGGACCGGCCCUGUCGGCCAAUCGGAAGAUCAUACAGAGCUUGAUCCGACCGUUGGAAGUGCCAAAACUUGAGGUGACCUAUGCGAACAAUAAUGCACUCAUCAAAAAGUACGAAGCAUCGCUGGAAUCGAACGGAUCGGGUGAAACUGUGCGUCGUAACUCGGUGGAUGGCAGUACCACCUCGGACAGUCGGAAUGCGUCACCGGCACACUCUCCUACGCCGGUACGGGCCAAGGUACGGAACUAAUUGGCAAGCACAUCAGGCAAGCUGUCUAGCUGGCCCGGUUCCUUGUACAGGAGAGUUGGGAAGCGAAUCCGGCAGCUAAUAGGAGAUUUAGCUGUUGCUGAUGCUGAUGAUACUAAUUGUGGAGCAUAUGUCGGUGCUUAAUCUCCUUGCCGGACUACAUCUACUCCUCGAUAGACUGCUGUAGCUCGCGCAGCGUAGUGAACACACAUCAUACGUGUUUCAGGAGAAAGAAUCUUAAACCCGCUUAUGCAGUAUAUGUUUAAUGUAAUCGUAGGUGUUAAGUAGUCAACCAGCUCCGUAAUUGAAGGGGUUGUUUGGAGUAUCAGUCAAGUUAAGCAUAAUCUAAUACAUGUAUCGGUAAGCUUAGUGUGCAGUAUGCAGUCGAUGCUGCAGGUCGCUCUUAACAGUGGUAAGAAGUAGGAACCAAUAGCAAACAAGUGAAACGUAUGUGUAAAACAGUGUAAUAAAGUAUAUUUUUACCUUUAGUCGAUGAAA